CUUCCGAGUUACUGCUGAGAGUGAAAGUCCAUACUUCGUACACCAUCAUUGUCGAAAUACGACAAUGUAUUCAGCGAAGAGCAUUUACUUAAGCAAUCUCAAACACUUUGGUCCUCUCUCUCUUCCAUCAACGCCUCAUACUCCACCGGAUUCCAAAACGCCACGGCCCGACAAGCCCCAGAUGUGGUCACCGGACUUUUUCUCUGCCGGGGUCUCGCCGGAAGUUUGUCGUGACUGCGUCUCCUUUUCCGUCAAAGAUAUUGUAACCAAGUGUCCGAAUCAGAGAGAGGCCAUUAUCUAUUACGAUGAGUGUAUGCUCAGAUACUAUGACCUGAAUGUUUUCUCGAACCUCACACUCACUGAUGAUUUUUUGAUGUAUAACGAUUACAAAACUGAACCUAAGGAUGUAGUCUUGUUCAAAAAACUGGCGUUGACCACGAUGAUGGAAGCUGCCUUUGAAGCAGCGAAUAGUUCUCGAUUGACUUCAAGGAUUUGUACGAGGAAGGCCAAGUGGAUUGACUUCAAGGAUUUGUACGUCCUCGUUCAGUGCACACCUAAUCUGACAAGAGACGGCUGUUUGUUCUGUCUGCUACAAUCCAUAUACGGUUUGCGUUUUGAAAGUAUUGGAUCAAGAUUUCUUUUCCCUAGCUGUAAUUCAAGGUACGAACUUUACAAGUUCUACAACGAAACCGAAGUUAAUACAACUCUCCUGCCUCCACCACCCUUAGCAGUGUCUACUACUCCACGACCUAGGAAAGGUGAGAAUUCAAAUGUGUUAGCGAUAGCCAUCCUUGUGGCUAUUAUAAUGGCUUUGGUAUUUUCCAUAGCUGGUUAUUGUUUUCUUGCAAAGAGGAAAAAGAAGACUUCUGAUAAUGCACCAACCUUUUAUGGAGAUGAUAUAACAACAGUAGACUCGCUGCAACUUGAUUAUAGAACAAUUCAAGCUGCAACAAAUGAUUAUUCAGAGAAUAAUAAGAUUGGACAAGGUGGAUUUGGCGAGGUUUACAAGGGUACAUUUUUGAAUGGGACUGAAGUUGCGGUGAAGAGACUAUCAAACUCAUCAGGCCAAUGUGAAACAGAGUUCAAGAACGAGGUUGUUGUUGUUGCAAAGCUCCAGCAUAGAAAUUUGGUCAGGCUUAUGGGGUUUUCUCUACAACGAGAAGAACGGAUAUUGGUCUACGAAUAUGUGCCCAACAAAAGUCUUGAUUACUUCCUCUUUGACCCUACAAAGAAGGGUCAGCUAUGUUGGACACGACGAUACAAGAUUAUUGAAGGGAUUGCUCGGGGGAUGCUAUAUCUUCAUCAAGAUUCACGGCUCACAAUCAUGCACCGUGAUCUCAAAACAAGCAACAUUCUCCUGGAUGCAGAUAUGAAUCCAAAAAUUGCUGAUUUUGGAAUGGCAAGGAUGUUUGGGAUAGACCCAACACAAACAGAAUUGUCGGUACCUAUUCUUGAGAUUAUAACUGGUAGUUUGAAUAGCAGCUUCAACGAGAGAGACGGUGCACAUAACUUAGUCACAUAUGCUUGGAGACUCUGGACUAACAAAACAGAGCUAGACCUCGUGGAUCCAGUUAUAGUAGAUAAUUGCCAGAAGAGUGAAGUGGUUCGAUGCAUCCAUAUUGUUAUAUAUUUAAGUGAAAGGGUUUAA